GAGAAAGUUUUAUCUCGUUUUGUAGUGUAGACAUCUGUGACUGAGCCUGGGGAAGACACCCAUCAUCCACAGGGCUCUUGAGGUGCAGCUGUCAGCUUCCCUGCUCUCCUCCCCCCCCCCCACGAGAACGUGGCUGUGAGUGGACGGUUGGCGUUCAACGGCUCUGCCCUUCCACCUUCCCUCGAGGCGGGACCAGAGCGAUUUGCGUCCGCGAUGGCCAAGCUGCACGGGCUGCAAGCUGACUAUGUCUUCCGUGGCGUGGAGCACGUGGUCCGGCUGACGGUGGAAGGGAACCUCCUGGAAGUGGAAGUGGAAGACCGGCUCACCACGGACCAGUGGCGAGGGGAGUUUGACGCUGCGUUCAUUGAAGACCUCACUCACAAGACGGGGAAUUUCAAGCAGUUUGGGAUCUUCUGUAGCAUGCUGGAGUCUGCCCUUGCCCAGAGCAGCGAAUCCGUCACUCUGGACCUGCUCACCUACACAGACCUGGAGUCGCUGCGGAGCAGGAAGAUCGGCGUGGGGCCCCGGCACACGUCCGCCGCCAAAAGCUCCCCGCUGAGCUCCAAGCGCUACCUCAUCUUGAUCUACUCCGUGGAAUUCGACAGGAUCCACUACCCACUGCCCCUGCCCUACGUGGGGAAGCCCGAUCCCGUCCUCCUGCAGAAGGUGAUCCGGGAGCUGAAGGAGGAGCUGGCCGCCUUGAAGGCAAAGCCGGGCAAAGACUUCCGGGACGUCGAGAUCCGCCGGCUGCGGGACGAGCUUCAGCACGCCUUGGAGGAGAAGCAGUCGGCGGAGACGGCCCUGCUGGGCCUGCAGGAGGAGCUCAAGCUGGUGAACAAGAGCGCGGCCUUCAAGGAAGUGAAGAUCCUCAAGAAGGUCGUGCAGAGCUUGGAGGAGGAGCUGACCAAGGAGCGGGCCAAGCACCAGCGAGCGGCGAGCAAGCGCCUGCAGGAGAGCCGGCAGCUGGCCGACGAGCUGGCGGAGAUGAAAGCUACCGAGAGGAGUCUGCGCAUCCGCCUGAAGACCCUGACCAACGAGCUGGCCUUGUACAAGAAAGGGCGCUUCAGCCCCGCCGGACCGUCUCCCCAAAGCCGCUCCGCCGCCUCGCACGAUUUCUCUCACCCCGCCCUGACGCGGACCGGCGCCAAGAAGAGAGACGGCCACCGCUCCACCUCGGGGGAGCGCUCGAACUCCCGGGAGCGCAGUGGGGCCUGGGGGCCCAGCCGGCAGCGGUCCACAUCCAGGGAGGGGCGCAGCGGGAGCCAGGGCCGCCUCCCUCGGCAGUCCCCGUCUCCUGCAGGCAGCCGGGAGCCACGCUUUGACCCCACGGCCUUCGUGAAAGCCAAGGAGCGCAAGCAGAAGGAGGCGGAGCAGCGAAACAAGCGAUGCCUCCGGCGGGGGGCGGGAGACACCCCGCCUAGCGGGUGGCAUCACCGUGCGCAGCCCCGGGGCCCGUCGGCGUUCAGCAACAGCGGCCUUAGCAAAACCCGGGGCAGGAGUUCUUCAGUGGAAAGUUUCCGCAGCAGGCGCUCGUCAGCGAGCUCGGGGAGCGAAAUGGACGAUUACUCUGAGCCUGCCGCGCCGAGGGGCAGGAGGCGUGUGGCGAGGGGCAGGAAGCCCUUGAGCUCCUCCUCCUGGAACGGCCCCACUCUGGUUCCCCGGGCAGACGGCGGCCGCCGCCGGAAGCACCUGGCCAGCACUCCCACCCCCGGCAAGCGAGGGGAUAAAGAGAACCUGUACGACGAGCCGUCGGCUGACCUCUCCGAGAUCGACGCGCGGCUGCAGGCCCUGCAGGAGUACAUGAAUAAACUCGAGACGAGGACGUAGCGGCUGCGGCAGAGCAAGGCGGGAAGGCCGCUCAGCCCUGCGAUGGCGCGGGGACUCGUCUACCGAGAACGGGCCAAAAUCCAGAGGUCCCCCUUUCCCACCCACCCCAUUCUGGGGUCCUUCUUUUAACUUUGUGUACAGGAGGCGACGGGCCUGGACGAGGUUUUGGGGGUGGGGGUGGGAAUCAUGGGCUCGUUAACGUUCGCACGCAGAAACACUCACGCCUGGUGGGGUUUUAAAUCGGCGGGGGCCUCUUUGGCAGAGUAGAAGCUUCUGAGAGGUUUUCUUUCCUCCUCUGAUGCUGCUUCGCAUCCUUGCGGUGUGCUGGACGCGAGGCGCGGAGUAUUUCAGCCGUACCCUUCCAAUAGCCAAUCUUGCCUUAAAUGGGGGUUGUGGGAGAGGAAAGCACCCCUCGGCCACCGGAUCGUUCCCCCUUUGAAAAGCUCUCCUGCUAAUUCCUCCUCUCCGCGUGAUUCUGAUCCUUAAAAAGACGAAGCUAGGCCUUGAUUCCAGCCUCCCUCCGGGAUGACCGGACAUUGGGGUACACGCUUGAGCCUCUUUCGGGAGAGGAGACGCAGCCAGGCCCUGGUGUCGGGCAGUCUUUCCCCAACCCGACGCCCUCCAGGUGGGCUGGACUGCAGUUCCCAGCUUCCCUCACAAUUGGCCAUGCUGGCUGGGGCUAAUGGGAGUUGGAGUCCAACAACAUCUGAAGGGGCCGCAGGUCUCCACCCCUGGCCUACGUGCUGAGUGCGGAUAAUGGGAAUGCCACGCGCCAGUUUUCCUUCCGUUGGGGCGGGCUCCCGAGGGAAGCUGGCCUGACCAUGUGGCUGGUUUUAAAAUAUAUACACGGUAUAUACGUGUGUGUGUGUGUAUUCAAGUUGCUUUUGACGUGUCGUCUUUAGACCUGACGCCUCGGUGGGGAGCAUGUGUGCAAGUGAGUGUGCAUCAGGCAGCCUUCCCAAGCCUUCCCCAUGUGUUGGACUGCAGCUCCCAUCAUUCCCAAGCAGGGGUGAUGGGAGCUGCAGUCCCCACACCUCAAGAGAGCACCAGGUUGAGGGAGGCUGUUCUAAGGCCCCCCCAGACUUCCUCCACUGUGCCCAGGCCAACCGAGUUCUCCGCUUUGGCCAGUUUUAACCACUCCGACGCAGCGGCUGAGGCGGCGCUUCGGUCUCUCCACUAGCAGGCAGGCUCUUCGCCCCGCGUGUGAUCUCUUCUCCACGCUCUGAAAACUUCCCCCACUUCUGAUCCCAGAAAUGGAUGGCGGCGGCCUGCUGCCCCCGCCUGCCCGCGUCCUGAUUGUGCUCUGUGCCGUGCCGUGCUGUGCCGUGGGCGGCGGCCCUUUUGUAAAUAAACCUUUUUUCUAA